AUGAACGGAUUCAACUUCCCGCCGCCGCCGGACGAGCCCGUCCCCGUGGUCUCCCGCGACAUCAGGGCGAAGCGCAUCGUCCCGUCGCCCCGCAAGGCGCCCACGGUCCGGAGCGGCAAGGGCUCCAUCUUCGGCAAGGCCUCGAUCCCCUCCGUCUACUGGGCCGGCGACGACCCGACGCCGCUCGCCGACGAGGAGCACACCUUCUACCGCGAGGGCACCCCGCCGCCGGACGAGAAGGGCGCCGCGGCCGCCGCACGCAAGCGGGGGCUGAGCCUGUACGACGAGGAGAGGAGGGCGCGCCGGGAGAGGAGGGAUCGGAAGUGCUGCGGGCUGAGGAUGUGGGUUUUCUGGCUGCUCGUCGGCCUGCUGGUCCUGGUGGUUCUCGGGGUCGGAGUCGGUGUCGGCGUGGGUGUCGGUGCGGGAUCGAAGGCAAGCCAGGCGGAUGGGAGCGCGGCGCGGACUAGCUCCGCGACACCUACGCCGAGGUCGAGCGUCUCCGCCGGUUCUUCGGCUUCGGGCACGACCGUGGCAAGUCCCACGGCAUCCCCGACCACCAUCAGCUCCAGCGCAUCCACGACGCUCGCGACUUCGACGAGGGCCUCCUCGACAAAGGCGUCAACCCCGACCGCAACCUCCGGGCCCACUGCCCUCUGCCCGGACGCCGACAACACGUUUUACAGCCCAACCGGCUCGGACAAGAAGUUCCUGCGCGUGUGUGGCAUCGACUUCACCGGCAACGAGGCGAUCGACAUGUCCAACUUGUUGACCAGCAGCAUGGGAGAGUGCAUGGACGUGUGUUCGAAGACGGCGCAGUGCACCGGUGCCGGGUGGGGGAAUGUCACCACCGGCGAGGGCACGAUGGAGCUGAGGUGUUGGCUGAAGAGGGAUUUGAAGUCUUCGCAUAACGCGAAGGCGGGAUGGAACUUCGCCAUCUUGCAAUGA